AAAGGUCGGAGGUACGAAUCUUUGGUGCGAGCUGUUCCAGGUGUGGCGAGUAUGGCCGACUCGCCACCGUAUACGUGGCUAUUAUCAGUCUUGGUAUUAUGGCUGCUUGCAGUUGUUGCACGUCAAGUAUUUGAUUUAAUUGGUAAAUUAUGGAUACCGGUGGCUUUUAAUUUAUUGCAGGUUGUGUGUCUGAUGGUAACAAGCGUCAUUUCAAUAAUGUAUAAUAUCGUUCUUCUCUUGUGGUUUACUGGAGUUUUCGGUGAUUUUUCACGACCGCUUUUAAGCGCUGGUUUGCCGUAUUCUCAUAGUAGUGGAUUUAUGAAUUCUUCCUAUGAGGAUGGCCAGGACCGUGAUGCAUAUUCAGAGCCGAAAACUGUAAGGCCAGAAGGAGGAUACAUACGUCAAAGUGCAAGAAAGCACAGAGUCAAAUCGAGCCAUUUAGUAGGCUUUUUAAAGGCUGCAGAAAACUUUCGGCCAGAUAUAUCUAAUCCUGACCUCAGUAGCAGAGAGAGGUCGCCAAGAAAUGGUACAAAUAAAGAACAGCUGUACAAUUUUAAAACUGACUUUCUCGGCGACGACUGGAACGAGUAUGAAGACCCUUAUUCUCGGCCACGAGUUCGGUCUGGAAGUGUUCGAAGUUUUAAAAUGCCGACCACUCAGAAUGUUCGAAGAAUGCUUUCUCAUGAACACUUGGCAACUAAUUGUCUAGUUGACGAGAGAGGAUCUAGACAACGUUCCUCCAUAAAUAACCUCACAUCUCUUGUAUCUUUCGAUCCAAAAAGCAACACAUUAAUUCGAGUUCGUGAACACAUUGGUGACCAAUCAGACGAUGAGUAUGAUGACAAACCGAUCGACUUAUCCGAAAAAUCAUUUCCUUCUGACGUGAGGAUUUCUAACAACCAUAACAUAAUAUAA